CGUGCCCUGCUUACUGCUCGUCUACUGCCACUGCCAACCCAAUGCUCAGCUGUGUGACUUCAACUGUGUGGGACUUCAGCUGUGUGGGACUUCAACUGUGUGUGACUGAUACACACCAGAGAGGCCGUGCUGCCUGCUGCAGAAAAGGCAAAUACUGACAGGCAAAACUGUGCAUACCGAGCCGACCUGAAUAAUCUGCUCUGCUCCAAUGGAUGAAGUGAAUGAGACGGCAAAGGACUCUGUACCCAGAAUUGAUGCAUAUGGAUUUGUAAGACCUGCAGAAUUUGACUAUGCUUUUUAUGAAGAGUUCAUCGCCAGAUAUCAUGUGGUCCUUACCAGGAGAGCACUUAAAUGGUCUAAACUUCUUCAGCAGUCAUCAGCGGUGGAGAAAAGUAUGAAAGUGAAGCGGUACAUUCGGAAAGGCAUCCCUAAUGAGCAUCGCUCUCUCGUGUGGAUGGUAGUGAGUGGAGCUCAGGCCCAGAUGGACAUAAAUACAGGAUAUUUUCGAAGUGUGUUUGCAGAGGGAGAAAAGAAUCCAAAGUUGCUGGACCUUGUAAAUACAGAUCUCAACCGAACAUUUCCUGACAAUGUAAAGUUUCGAAAAAACGCAAACCCUUCUUUGCAAAAAGAAUUGUACAGUGUGUUGGUAGCUUAUGGACAGCAUAAUAAAACUGUGGGCUAUUGUCAGGGCAUGAAUUUUAUUGCUGGGUAUCUGAUUCUUGUGACAAAAGAUGAAGAGAAAGCAUUUUGGUUGAUGGAUGCUCUCAUUGGACGAAUUUUGCCAGAUUACUACAGCCCUGCAAUGACUGGACUGAAAACUGACCAGGAGGUUCUGGGGGAUCUAGUGAAAAAGAAGGCUCCGGCAGUGGCACAGCUGAUAGAAACACAUGGGGUGAUGUGGACCUUAUUGGUUUCCCGCUGGUUUAUUUGCUUGUUCAUUGACAUCCUUCCUGUAGAGACAGUUUUAAGAAUUUGGGACAGUUUGUUCUUCGAAGGAUCAAAAGUUCUCUUCCGUGUGGCCUUAACACUAAUCAAGCAAUAUCAAGCUUUCAUAUUGGAAGCAAGAAACUUUCCCGAUAUCUGCGAUAAAUUUAAAGAGAUCACAAAGGGCGCGUUUGUUACGGACUGUCAUUAUUUUAUGCAGAAAAUCUUUGCAGAACCCGGCAGCUUAUCUAAAAGCACCAUUGACAAGCUGAGAGAGAAGCAGAGACUCAGGCUGGCCAAUGAGGAGAGGUGAAUCCACUAUAGAGCGAAUCAGAACACAUUCCUUCCAUGCAGCCAUUGCACAGCAAGCAUAGGCCACACCCAGCAGUAAGUGCUCAACACAAGACUAAUAACUGUUAUUAACACCAAUCUACCUGCCCUUAAGUGCUUCAAACACUUUGUACUGUUAUUUCAAUUUCAAAUGUCUGAAUCUGACCAAAUGGAAUACGUGAGAUUCGUUUUUGUACAUAUACAGAACCCUGCAACUCGAGCGGAAUAAAAUAUUUAUUUCCAAAA